AUGGCGCAGGUUGGAGCUAACAUGGAGUACCAGGAGUACAAGUGGGCAUACUCAAUCAUGGACUCGUCCAAAGUAUCCGCGUGCCUGAUUUCGAUGCUGCUGAUAGUGUAUGGCAGUUUCCGGUCGCUGAACAUGGAACGAGAAGCGCGGGAAAGAGCCGAGAAGGAGCGCGAAGCAUCCCUGUUGGGCGGGAAGCCGCUUACCACGUCCUCUUCUAACAAUAAUGUACAAACUCUGAACACGAUGCAAGCUUUGUGCUUCCCGCUGGGGUCGUCGGUGGCGCUCCUCAUCAUGUUCUUCUUCUUCGACUCCAUGCAGACGCUGGUCGCCAUUUGUACUGCGAUUAUAGCGUGCGCGGCGUUGGCGUUUCUACUGACGCCUCUAUGCCAGUACGUGGCGUCGUCAGCGGGCGUCGGCGCGGCGAGGAGCGCCGUCUGCGGGCGGUAUUCUGCGCCAGAGCUGGCAGCCGCGCUACUGGCCGCCGCCAUCGUCGCCGUGUGGGUUCUCACCGGGCACUGGCUGCUCAUGGACGCUAUGGGCAUGGGACUAUGUGUGACUUUCAUCGCCCUGAUCCGGCUGCCAUCGUUGAAAGUGUCCACGCUACUGUUGACGGGCCUGCUGCUAUACGACGUGUUCUGGGUGUUCUUCUCUUCCUACAUAUUUACUACAAACGUCAUGGUCAAAGUCGCAACAAGACCCGCCGAGAACCCAAUGAACGUAGUAGCCCGUAGACUUCAACUGGGCGGUGCAAUGAGGGACGCGCCCAAACUGUCGCUGCCCGCCAAACUAGUGUUCCCUUCCAUGCACCACCAGGGACACUUCUCUAUGCUGGGUCUCGGGGAUAUCGUGAUGCCGGGCUUGCUGCUCUGCUUCGUGCUGCGUUACGACGCGUACAAGAAGGCAACGCUCGUGUGCCAGAUGGGACAAGUGCCUGGGCCCAGGUCUAUGGGGUCGCGGCUGACAUACUUCCACUGCUCGCUGCUGGGCUACUUCCUGGGGCUGCUGACGGCCACCGUGUCCGCGGAGGUGUUCAAGGCGGCGCAACCCGCGUUACUGUACCUCGUGCCCUUCACGCUGCUGCCCUUGCUGACCAUGGCCUACGUCAAGGGUGAUUUGAGGAGGAUGUGGAGUGAGCCAUUCAUAGCGCCACCUAACGGGAAAAAUGGCGCAGACUUCGACGUGUGA